AAUUUACUGACCGAGUUUUUACAUGGUUUACUGUUUUUGUUAAAAACAUAUUUAUACAAACAAGAUGCCGUUAAAAAGAGAUGAACCUAAUAUGAGCGAUCGUACACUGAUCGUCACCGUCGAAGAUCUCAUUAGCCGUGCGUUUGGGCCGGAGCAUAACAACACAGUAAAUUUCAAGACUAUGCAGAUGGUGUUAAAUAUAUUGGCACAACAGAUGAGAAUGUUGGAGCAAAGAGUAGAAAUAAAAAUAUCAGAUAUCACACCUCACGAAACUACAAAAUAUGAGUAUGCGAGUGCGAAACAUAGUCCACGGCAAAAACCUAAUCUAGCCAAAUUAAAAGAAACAAAAUUAAGGAUUGGGGCAGAGGAAAAAGUUCAGAAAUUUCCAGUGGCGGAGGAGAAAGCUACGAAAGAAAAAGAUAAGAUUAUUUCAAAGGAGCAGCAAAGGCUUGGUAAGGAUAAAGAAAAGGAAGUUAAAACAGCCCAGAAAGAAAUAGAACGCAACGAGACAUCAGUGUCAAAUGCACCAGUAAAAGAUGAUCAAGUACAAAAAGCAGAAAUGGCUCCUAAGGUUGAAACAAAAAUGGAAAGAGAGUCAAGGAGAGCACAAAGAGGAGAGGAAAGAAAAGAAAGGAUGAAAUCGAAAGAAGACGAGAGAGCUGAAAGGGCAGCACAAAAAGAAAGGGAAAAGGCAGAAAGAAGCGCAUCAAAGGAAAGGGAAAGAGCCCAAAGGGAAGCUGAAAAGCAAAAAGAAAGAGAAGAAAGAAUAGCAGAAAAAAUAGCAGAAAAAAUAAAAGAAAAAAGAGAAGAGGAGUGUUUAACAGAUCAACAAAAAGAAGAGAAGAGAGCUUUUAAAGAAAAGGAAAGAGAAGAAAGAAGUAAGUCAAAAGAAAGAGAAAAAGCUGAGAGAGCUGCUCUAAAGGAAAUAGAGAAGAAAGAAAGAACAGAACAAAAGGAAAGGGAAAGGCUGGAAAAAGAAGCCAGAAGAGAAAUGGAACGAAACGAAAGAGAUACUCAAAGAAAACUACGAUUAGAAAGAAUACGAGCUAUGGCAGAAAAGCCCCGUGGCAGUAUUGAUGUAGUGACACAGUCACAGUUCGCACUCCUGGUGGAUGCAGUGGAAGAGUUGCAAGUGCAAGUAGAGCCCGCGAAACCUCUAGCCCUUCCGCAAAACAAGCAGCUCAUGAGUGAGCUUGCGAGUGGAAGCGCCACCUUGCAGGGAACUAUGGAGGCCAUGCAGUUGGAUGCUCGCGUGAAGGCUGCAGAAGACAUGAUCGGUCGCAUGACAGGACUGCUCACCCAGCUGACAGCUGGCGAAGGUCUAGAGCAAGAGUUCAGGCUUUACACACCUGAUCAAACUAUGACGGCAAAAGGAUCAAUGUCUCGGAAAUCAGUUAUGAUAGAUCCAAGCGCAAAGCAGUCGGCAACAAGAUCGGUGAGAGAGAUGGCGAGCAGCGUUGGAGUUAGCCGGUCGAGUGUCAGAAAUGCAGCGUCGUCUAUGUCCAUAUUCACGGCAGUCACUCACAAUGAUAUGGAGAGAGCUCUGCGUGACCUUAGAGAAGAGUUGACUACGGCGAUGAACAACAUGACCACAAGACCAGCGAUGUUGGCUGACACCGCGUUAAGCACAUCUAAAACUGUUGCUGAAAAGUUAUCAAUAGCUCUCGGUCUGGACGACCGUCUGACUAUGCAGCACGCGCUAGCUCAGGACUACACGGAGCAGUUACUAGGUCUCGACGCAGGCCUCAACAGUCAGCUGCAAGGAUUUCAAGAUCAGAUGGCGCAGAUACGGAUUGAUCUUCGACGUGGGCUGGAGCAGGUGUAUAAUGUAAACAAUAAUGCGGAGACUGCAGCCAUGGCGGAGCUAUCGGAUCGACACCGCGAGCUGGUCACAGCCCUGGAUGAAACCGUUCACGCACACCGCUCACUCACCAGGAUGCAGAGCCAACUCGGUGGAGAAUUACACAGUCUAGUGGAGUGUGUGGAGAUGAUGCGGGAACAGAAAGCAGACAGAGAUGAGGUCCUCGACGGGCUCAAUGAUAAGGCAGACAUAUCGCGCCUCGCCGGACUACUGACAGAAAUAGAGUUCGCCAAAGCCAGGGCCGACUUGGAGAAGCGAUUGUUUAACUGUCACGACAAAUUUAAAAAACAAGAGAAUAUCUGGAUGGCAGCUAUCAAAGACUUGUCGAAAAUAACGGACGGCAAGGCGGACCUUAUCGACUUGCUGUCGACUCGCGACCUCUGUGAGAAGAGGCUACAGGAGCUGCACGAUUGCCUGGUGGCCCUGGCUAUAAAACUUGGAGAGCCCGAUGCCGCCAUAUUGAAGCGGAAGUUAGCAGAUGGCGGCGCGUGUGCUUCAUGCGGCCUCAAGGCGCUCAUGUCACCCGUGGACGCCACCUAUGGCGCUCCGCCCCGGCUACCCGCUUUGCGGACCCCGCCCGCUGGAGCCCCGACCAUCUCUAUAUCUACUGAAGGGCCCUGCUUAGCAGUAGACAUGGUACCUACAGCUCCGGAGGAGAGACAUAUCUGCCGUCGCUGGGUUGGCGGUUCCCACACGCUGAUCUCGGAGAGCACCCGGCGUGGCCCAGCGUCCAGCGUGAACCUGCAGGCUGUACCAACUAAGAAAUACGUCAGCUACGGCAUCGAUGGACGGUUGUAUAUGAUGGAGGAGGAAUUAAAGCCCUGCAUUGAGUGCAAUAAGUUAGAUGAUGAACCUACAGAACAGAUCCUUACUCAGGUCGAAAUCGACGCAUGCGCGUGUGGUGACGCAGGUCCUGCUUUGCAAGAGUCAAGAGAAGAAGAAUGCGCAGGUUAUACAUAUAAUAUUAAUCAUAGUUAAUAUAUUCCUGUCAACAUUUGUAAGGACA